UAACACAGACCGAAAGCGCCGCGGCGGCACUCGGCCCUCCAGUGCAGCGCGGAGGCCGAGCGGGCGCCGCACCUGUGCGCCGCCGAGGUCGGGCGGCCGAGGCCCGGCGGGGAGCGCAGCGCGUCCGCCCGCAGCCCGCGCGGGGGCGCCGACGGGGAUGCGCAGCGCGCGGCGGGCGGCGGCGCGGGCCUCGGAUGCCGGACCUCUGCUCCGAGCAGCGCGCGGGGACGCCCUCGGCUGCCCCGAAGUGUAGCUCCAGUGCUGUGAGGUCUCCCCGGUUGAGCGACGGGACCAUGAAAAUGGACAUGGAGGACGCAGACAUGACUCUGUGGACAGAGGCCGAGUUCGAAGAGAAGUGUACCUACAUUGUGAACGACCACCCCUGGGACUGCGGCGCCGACGGAGGGGCCUCGGUGCAGGCAGAGGCAUCCCUCCCCAGGAACCUGCUCUUCAAAUACGGCCCGAGCAGCAAAGAGGUUAUUGGAGUAGUGAGUAAAGAAUACAUACCAAAGGGAACACGUUUUGGACCCCUAAUAGGUGAAAUCUACACCAAUGAUACUGUUCCCAAGAAUGCCAACAGGAAAUACUUUUGGCGGAUCUAUUCCAGAGGGGAGCUUCUCCACUUCAUCGAUGGCUUUAAUGAGGAGAAAAGCAACUGGAUGCGCUAUGUGAAUCCGGCGCACUCUGCCCGGGAGCAAAACCUGGCUGCGUGUCAGAACGGGAUGAACAUCUACUUCUACACCAUUAAGCCCAUCCCUGCCAACCAGGAGCUUCUUGUGUGGUAUUGUCGGGACUUUGCAGAGAGGCUUCACUACCCUUAUCCCGGAGAGCUGACAAUGAUGAGUCUCACACAAGCCCAGAGCCAUCCGAAGCAGCCCAGCGCCGAGAAGAAUGACCUGUGCCCCAGGAACGCCCCAAAGCGAGAGUACAGCGUCAAAGAGAUCCUCAAGUUGGACUCCCACCCCCCCAAAGGGAAGGACUGCUACCGCUCCAACAUUUCACCCUUCGCCGCCGAGAAGGACGCGGACGGCAGCCCCGAGAUGCCCUUCUACCCCCGGGCCGUCUACCCGAGCCGGGUCCCUCUGCCCGAGGACUUUCUGAAAGCCUACGGGGUGGAGAGGCCCACCUACAUCACCCGCUCGCCCCUGCCGUCCUCCACCACCCCGAGCCCCUCGGCGAGAAGCAGCCCCGACCAGAGCCUCCAGAGCUGCAGCCCGCACAGCAGCCCCGGCGACACCGUGUCGCCCCUGGCGCCCUGCGCCCCCGACCACCGGGACCACCGGGACCACCGGGACCACCGGGACCACCGGGACUCGUUCGCCUACUUGAACGCCCCCUACGGGCCCGAGGGCCUGGGCGCCUACCCCGGGUACGCGCCGGGCCCGCACCUGCCGCCCGCCUUCAUCCCCUCCUACAACGCCCACUACCCCAAGUUCCUCCUGCCCCCCUACGGCGUCGGCUGCCCCGGCCUGGGCGGCGUGGGCGGCGUGGGCGGCCUGAGCCUCUUCCCGCGGCUGUACCCGGUGUACGGCAGCCUCCUGGGCGGCGGCGGCGGCGGCGGCGGUGUUGGCGGCGGCGGCGGCGGCGGCCUCCCGCACCCCCUGCUCGGCCCGGCCUCGCUGCCCGGCUCGCUGCCCUCGGACGCGGCGCGCAGGCCGCUGCAGCCCGACCACGCGCGCCAGGUGCUCAUCCCCGCGCCGCACAGUGCCUUCUCCCUGCCCGCCGCGGCCGCCAGCAUGAAGGACCGGGCCAGCAGCCCCGCCAGCGGCUCGCCCACCGCCGGCACGGCCGCCUCGGCGGAGCACGUGGUGCAGCCCCACGCUACCUCAGCGGCGCUGGCGGCCCCGGGCGGCGACGAAGCCGUGAAUCUCAUGAAAAGCAAAAGAAACAUGACGGGCUACAAGACCCUGCCCUACCCCCUCAAGAAGCAGAACGGCAAGAUCAAGUACGAGUGCAACGUGUGCGCCAAGACGUUCGGGCAGCUCUCCAACCUCAAGGUCCACCUCAGAGUGCACAGCGGAGAGCGGCCUUUCAAAUGCCAGACUUGCAACAAGGGCUUCACUCAGCUCGCCCACCUGCAGAAACACUACCUGGUACACACGGGAGAGAAGCCACAUGAAUGCCAGGUUUGCCACAAGCGAUUUAGCAGCACCAGCAAUCUCAAGACCCACCUGCGACUCCACUCUGGAGAGAAACCUUACCAGUGCAAGGUGUGCCCUGCCAAGUUCACCCAGUUUGUGCACCUGAAACUCCACAAGCGCCUACACACCCGGGAGCGGCCCCACAAGUGUGCCCAUUGCCACAAGAGCUACAUCCAUCUCUGCAGCCUCAAGGUCCACCUGAAGGGGAACUGUCCUGUGGCCCCAGCCACGGGGAUGCCCUUGGAGGAUCUGACCCGGAUCAACGAAGAAAUCGAGAAGUUUGACAUUAGUGACAAUGCCGACCGGCUGGAGGACAUGGAGGACAUCGAUGUGACCUCUGUGGUGGAGAAGGAAAUUCUGGCUGUGGUCAGAAAAGAGAAAGAAGAAACUGGCCUGAAAGUGUCUUUGCAAAGAAACAUGGGGAAUGGACUCCUCUCAGGGUGUAGCCUUUAUGAGUCAUCAGACCCAUCCCUCAUGAAGUUGGCUCACAGCAACCCACUACCUCUGGGGCCUGUAAAGGUCAAACAGGAAACAGUUGAACCAAUGGAUCCUUAAGAUUUUCAGAAAACAAAAAGUGUUUUGUCUUGUUUUGUUUCUUAACUUAUGACUUGGCAAGUCAGGGUGCCUGUAGCAAAUGCUUGUACAUAAUUCCAGUUCUGCAAAGCUCUCCUGACAGCAGAUGGUUUCCCCUCACCUCUCUGGAAUUAAAGAAGGAACUCCAAAGUUACUGAAAUCUCAGGGCAUAAAUGAGAAAAAGACAAUAUAUAUACAUAUUAUAUAUACUUAUUUACACCCCCAUCUAUAUAUUUGAACCUGUGUAUUUUGAAUAUUUGUGUGGAUAUGUUUGCAUAGCCUUCCCAUUGCUAAGACUAUUGCCUAGCCAUAAUUAUUUUUUCAAUGAUAAUCCUUCGUAAUUUAUUAUACAAUUUAUCGUUCAAAAAGCAAUAAUUAAAAAAGUUUACAAUGACUGGAAAAAUUCCUUGUAAUUUGAGUUAUAAAUGUUA